AUGCUCUCGAAUUAUGCUCUGGUCUUGGUCGCACUCUUCUCUUGUUCCCGUGCGAAAGACAUUGGGUCUCCAGUGAAUUGCUCUGUUGGUACGGAUUGGGUUGGCAACCAUCUUCAACCGUCCCAAACACCGUGCACGGUUGCUGCAUGGCUUUUGUCACCGUGUGCUGGUGACGGUGGGUGUGAGCAGCUCGAAUUGUUCCAGGAGCCAGCAUCAGGAUUGAUUCUUGUUCGCCCAAAAGUCACGUUGGGUGGUAUUUCAGAAACAGGUGGCUUUUAUCAACCUGGACCUCCAAACGAAUGUACUUGCAACGCGGUCUCCUAUGCUGCAUUGGCCGUGUGCUCGUGGUGCCAGGGGGGGACUGUGAUGAGGCUUCCCUACACCAUUCCCAACGGAACUGCGGUGCCGGCCUACAUGUACCCUGGCACCGAGGGUUUCCGUCUGGUCAACAACACGUUUGACGUCGUCGCGGCACAAUCCAUCGCCAACACCAUAGACAGCGUGGCCCCUUCGUCCGCCACCUCGCCCGCCGCACCCCUCGCAGCGGGCGGCACGGGCGGCACGAGCACCGCCAGCGGGCUCGCGGGCAACGGCCUCAUCGGCGGCCUCAUCGCGCUCGCGCUCGCGCUCGUGCUCGUCGUCGCCGGCUUCACGUGCUACCUCGUCCGCCGCCGCCGGUCCCGCGCGGCCCCCCCGCCGCGCGCUGCCGGGAGCGAGGAGGGUGCCCUGGCGGCGGCCUUCGCGACCUCCGAGGCCUCGGGCUCCGGCAGCCGGCUGAGCGUGGGGGCGCGGCACGCGCCGCCGGUCUGCGAUCCCGACGGUUCGCGGACGUACCCGGGCGCGCCGUCGGGCGCCGUCCCCUCGUCCGAGGCGACCCAUCUGAGGCAACGGGGGCCUGACGACGCGGCGCGCAGAUUUGCGCCACCGUCGUGCAAUCCCGCGCCGUCGAGCGGGGACUACGUUGGACGUUAG